ACCGUGCGCCGUGCUGAUGCUCUCGGGUAUGUUUACCUCUGACGUCUACUUCCGCGUGACUUCACGUCCAGGUUGGAAUUGAGGAAGGCGCCAGAUUUGAAGACCUGUCUGCGAAAAAAAAAUACUUUAGCAAAUGGAUAACCUAAGACAAAAAGGUGUGUUUGAUCACCUGAUGAUGUUAGAGAGGGCAGAAGCAGCAGGACUGCAGAGGCACCAGAAGGAGCGUGUGGAGGAACUGCGUACCACAGCAGCAACACUUCGCGCAAAAAGAGACCGAAUCCGGGCGGAAACAUCCUCCAUAAAGAAUCUGAAAGAUAAACUGGACCAGGGGCUGCCAUUGGAUGAUGAGGAAACUGAAGACUUUGUCAAAAUUGAACAAUAUCUGCUGACAUCCCAGCGCAUGCAGCUUAAGGACCUUCAAACUGCCCAUAGACUCAUUGCUGGAUACGACUUGGUAGAGAGCAAACAAGGCAAAAGUGUGUGUGUGUCAUUUCACACUGCCUUCGAGGGCGUUUGCUUGGAAACAUACAACAUGGAGGUGGACCUUACCCGCAUGGUGCAGAUCAGUCGUCAUAACAUCCCUCCAUGUAUCCCACUGGAGAAACUCGCCAAGGAGAAUCUGCAGACUGAUUUUAAAGGCUUCCUCCAAACACUAAACCUACACCUCAAUGCUUUAGCUGGCCGCAAACAGCAGAUUUCUCUCAUCGAGGAACUCCUUGGGACAGUAGAAAUUAUUGAGAAAAAUCAAUUGUGCAACUUUCUUGCCCUCAUGUGCAAAGCCCCAGCGGAGAGUGAUGAGGCUGUUCUGUGCACACUGGAGUAUGGUGACCUCACCCGAUGUCUCCCUACUCACGUUGUCAUUGAUAGUGAAAAUAAAUCACUUAUAGAAUCUCCUCAGUGGAAGGAAAACCAAGUGUUGCUCAUGGAGACUCCAGUUCACAGUGCUCUUCUGACCAUGAGAAAAUUGGGAAGCAUUUCAUGAACAAAGCAGUAACAGUUUCUAAAAACAUACACAUUUACACAGUGCUUUGAUUCACUUUGACAUCAGUCUUUAAAUACAGGGCGUGCCAAAUAAAGCUUGCCUAACUUGUAGCGUCAUGUUACAGCUGAAGUCUGGGGAUAAGAGGAAUGUGCAGUAGACUAGCGAAAGAAAGGUGUGUAUCCACAUUCUGAAAGAACUUCUAGAACUAUCAUUUGGAUUUCUAACAUGUUUUGAAUAAAAGGUAUUCACAUAACCACAUUAAACUAAAGAUAAUCUACAAUCAAAGGGCAGCAAAAAAAACGAAAACAAAAAAAAAAAAACACAUUCAAUUCCUACAUAUACUAUAUUAGUCUUUAUGUAUGUGAGAUUAAAUUGUUUCUAAUGUCCUGAAGAAAAUCUGCAUUUUCUGUUGCAGUUUUUCUCUGUACAUUUGUUUCAGACUUUCCUUUUUUUGCCUCCUCUGUUCUUCUUGGAUUGCCAGCUCUUUUUGUGAAAUGCUGUCGAUUAAGGCCAAAUCUUUUAGAUACAUGAUGGAUAACUGUUUAGAUUCAGAAGUGUUACUUGUAAAGGCCGCAGAAGUCUGUGGCAGGGCAGACGAGGCUGAUUUCGAGAGCCUUGUUCCUAGCUGCUGUUCACUUUGAUUUGAAAGUGCUUCACUUGAAAACAUCCUUCUGCCAGCUGGGGCUGAUUUUGGAUACCAAACAUAGUGAAGAUCGCUUUUUGUUGUUCUUGUCUCUGAUAUGGCACUCAUUGUGUUGUUAAGAGUUGCGUAAGGUUCACAGACUCUUAAAUGCAGUAACUUUUUGUGUUCCAUCAGUAGAAAUUCUCUGUCUUGAUAAAGCAAUUUGAGAUCUAAUUUGUAUUUUCUGUGAAUUUGUUCCAGUUUCCGCUGAAGAUCAGUGUCUUCUUUGUGAUUCUUUAGCCUUGUGUCGAUAUACAGCAAAUGCUUAGAUUUUCUAAAGUUUGCCUUUGCAGUCAUACCUGUUGAUAUGUUAUCCUGAAGCACAAUAGAGAAAAGAGUCUUGAAAUGAUUGCAUGUUGUACUUUAUAGCUUACAGAGUUUGGACUGCCUAGGUCUCUUUUGUAAAUAAAUAAAAAUUUUAAAUAAUCAAUGUAAUUAACGUACCUUAAUUUUUUUUUUAAAUAAAAGUUGUCCAGAUAA